AUGCGACAAAACGAGAACUUGGUUGGAGAAAAAGUUAUAUUAGUUCCAUAUAGGCCCGAACAUGUACCUAAAUACCAUGAAUGGAUGCAAUCACCAUUUCUUCAGGAAAUGACUGCAUCAGAACCAUUAACACUUGAACAAGAAUAUGAGAUGCAAAGGUCUUGGCAUGUCGACGAAAACAAAUGCACAUUUAUAGUAUUGGCAAAGCCGGAGAUAUCACAUGAAUUAACAAAUCAAGAAAUAAAAUCGGCAGAAAUGAUUGGUGAUGUGAAUUUAUUCUUUAAUGAUAAUGAUGAUCCGAAUGUCGCCGAAAUUGAAAUCAUGAUAGCAGAACAAUCAUAUCGUCGAUUAGGUUUAGCAAAGAAUGCUUUAUUGUUAAUGUUUCAUUAUGCGAUAAAUGAAUUAAACGUAACAAGAUUUUUAGCAAAGAUUUCUACAAACAACCAACCAUCAAUACAACUAUUUACAAGAAAAUUCGGGUUUGUGGAAAUUAGCUUUUCCAAAAUUUUUAAAGAACAUUCUUUGGAAUUGAAUGUUAGUGAAGAAAUUAGGAAAAAGUUUGAUGAUAGCACAAGAGGCAAAUUUGUUACGAGAACUUACGAUUGA